AUGGCUGGAGAUAUUUUGAGAGAAGAAGGUCUUCCUACUACAACACCAAGAUACCAAUAUCAAGGCAUAAAGCAAUGUCUUAGAUGCUUCGAACUUGAGUUAGAGCGUUAUAACAGAGAUGGCCAACCCGCUGACUACUCGUAUAUUAUAUUUGAUCACGUGGAUGAGCGUUCCUUCCAGGAGUGUUUCGAGGACGAGUCUGGAGAAAGCCUCCUUACACAUUCAUUCGUGACAUACAACUUCAUUUCCCUCACUAUUGUCAUGAAACUGCCGACUCCUACGCACGAAACCGCCCAUCGUUCAUUCAGUGAAAUUUUUGCGACUUGGUCUCGUGGCCAGGAAAGCCGUCUUGUGCCUAUAGGACGUGUGACUAUCGAAGGUUCCACACGCAGAAAGUGCCCAGAUUCUAGCUGGAAGAGCUCAAUCCAAGCACCCGGAAGAGAUUUGAAGUGGCCGACAAUCCUUGUCGAAGUAGGGUGGUCUGAGUCAAGGGCCAAACUGAGGGAAGAUGUUUUGUUCUGGCUCCGUGAAUCAACCCAACAGGUCAAAGUCGCCCUUACUAUAGAGGUUACGCGGACGGGGAAUAUUACAGUUGAGCAAUGGGAACUCGACCAAAACACUGGCGGGACUUCUGUUCAGCCCAUCCAAACAAUGAAGAUCUCUCGAAAGCGACUUACCGGCCCAAACCAGUACCACAUCACAGGCUCGAUGGAUAUCCAAUUUGACGACUGCUUCCUUCGCGCGAAGAGGGGCAGCGAGACAGAUUUUCAUCUGUCAAACGACGAUAUGAAGGAAAUUGCAGAAGCUGUCCGAUCUUCUCGCUCUUGA